AUAGUUUAAUUAUUCCAUUAAAUAACAAUCAUAAUCAUCAUCAUCGUAGUAAACAAUAAAUUUAUCCACUGUUUUCAAAUUCAAAAUUUGGUCCCGCGUGACAACGAACUGCCCACUGUCCAGGAGGUGGCGUCAGCUCCGAUCCUAGUAACCUCCCAGGACAUAACAGGCACUUAACAAUCGUUAAAUUUAUAAAAGUUGUCAGCUUUGUUGGAGUUGAGGUUAUGAAAAAAUUUGAAAUGAAAACUAAUGGGUUUAUUAUCGAACUAGUGAAAACUCAAAAUACAUAAUUUAUUUAUGUAAAAACAGUGUCAAAUUUUCGAGAUGAUGUUUUUGGUUCCUAUUUUAUCUUAAUACUUUUUUGAUAAGAUUUGAUUAAUGCAAGUGUUAAAUAUUAUCUAAUUUAAAUGUAAUAGUUUGUUUUCUACCAAAUUAUUUCAAUGGCAUUUCCAUUUAAUGAUUUAGUGUAUACUAAAUCUUUUACUCCAAGAGAAUAUCAGGUAGAAUUACUUUAUGCUGCGAAACAGAAGAAUAUUAUAAUUUGUUUAGGAAAAUACACUGAACAAACUUUUAUCACGAUAAAAUUAAUUCAGGAAUAUGUUACUGGCAAUCGAGACUUAUUAAAUACAGAUAGUAAAAAAAUAUUAUAUAUUCUUGAUAACCAUGAGUUAUGUUUACUUAAAGCACAAUAUAUUGAACAAUUAACAGACUUAAAAGUGUGGGUUGGAACUUUAAAUAAUGAGACUGAUAACUUUGUCAAUAAAAUUUUAAACGCUCAUGUGAUAAUAAUAACAAGUGAAUUGUUUAAUGAGUUAUUACAAAAGAAAAAAAUAUUAGGAUCGCAAAUAAACUUGAUUAUAAUCGAUCAAUGCCAAUUGCUGGUAGCGAAUGAUGAUCUUAAACAAGCGUUAAAAAUUGUUAAGUCAAAUAAAAAUAAUUUAUGUAGAUUUAUUGGAUUAGCUGUCCCGCUUUUCGGAUUAACCGAAGAACCUGGACGAUUAAGCUUAGAAAUUGAAAGAUUUGAAUCAACUUUUAAAUGUCAUGUUGAAACAACUAGUGACAUUUUAUCAAUAUUGAGGUAUAGCUCAAAACCAAAAGAAUAUGUUGUUGAAUAUAAAACUGGAACAAAGGGAACAUUACACAAUGUACUUGAAAAAGUAAUAGUAGAUGCAAUGAAUUUUUUAGACGAUCAUCGGUAUGAUCCAACGGAAAUUUAUCAAGACGAAUUUCUAGAGGACAUUCAAAAAAUUCCUGAUCCAACCGCAAAGCCCCGUGAAAUGUUACAAGAUUUUUCAAUUAUACUUGAAACUUUGGGCCCAUGGUGUGCAGAUCGUGCGGCAUUAUCUCUUUUAGUUUUAGCUGAAAAACUUAAAAUUAAAACACCGUAUGAACGGCAUUACCUACUGCUUAAUAUGAUAGCAUCUGUUAUGAUAAAAAUUCGUGCAAUUUGUGAUUACGAAUUCCGAAACAUUCCUGAAAAAAGUAAAAUUUUAAAUUACUCGUCACCUAAAGUACACCGCUUGUUAGAAGCGCUCAAAACAUUUACUUCUUUUCAUGAUAAGAAUAAUAAAAAAUGUAUUAGUAAUAGCAAAUGUGUGCCAUAUAACUUUAAUAAAAAUUUUAUUAAUAUUCAAGACCGAAAUACGAAUAAAAUAAAUCCUAGACAAUUCCAUAAAACAAAAAUAUCUAAGUUUUCACGACCCUAUCGUAAUAUUACAGACCCUGAUUUACUUUGUGGUAUUGUAUUUGUAGACAAAGGAUUUACUGCUAAAAUUUUGUUUUACUUGUUGUAUGAAAUCGCUAAAUGUGAUGAUGAUUUAAAUUAUUUAUCGCCUCUUUAUACAACUGAGAGAACUCAUGAAGAAAAGACAAAUUGUCAAGAUCCUGAAAUGGAACAUCGGAAGCAAGAAGAAGUUUUGAAACGUUUCAGGAUUCACGAGUGUAAUUUACUUAUCGCCACAGCAAUUUUGGAGGAAGGAAUUGAAAUACCAAAAUGUAAUUUUGUAAUGCGAUUCAAUUUUCCCAAAAGCUAUCGAUCUUAUGUUCAAUGUAAAAGUAGAGCAAAAGCUGUUGAUGCUUUACAUGUGCUCUUAGUAGAAAAUUCAACCUCUAAAGAAUGUGUAUGGAAAUUGUCACAAUAUCAUUACAUAGAAAAUAUUUUACUCAAAAAAUGUACAAAUAAUGAACCGACGGAAGCCGAGGAGAUUGAAGCCGAUUUAUAUUCAAAUUUAAUUCCAUCUUACCAACCAUUACAAAAUGAAAUCGGAGCAAUAGUAACAUUUAAUUCAGCAAUAUCAUUAAUAAAUAGGUAUUGCGCUAAAUUACCUAGUGAUACAUUUACACGUCUUACCCCCGAGUGGUCGAUAGAAGAAGUAACUAUUGAUAAUCAUUUGAAAUACAUAUGCUCUUUAAGAUUACCUAUAAAUUCACCGUUAAAAUACGUUAUAAUUUCCCAUCCGAUGCCUAACAGAGCUAUGGCUAGACGUCUAGCAGCGUUACAAUUGUGUAUUAAAUUGCAUAAAGAAAAUGAAAUUGAUGAUAAUUUAUUGCCUAUCGGGAAAGAAAAUUUUAAAGCUAGACCCGAAGAUGCUGAAGUUCCGGCGUUACCCGAUGAAAGUCAAUCUGAUCUCUCUGAGGCACGACCGGGUACAACUAAACGUCGACAGUAUUAUUAUAAAAAAAUAGCCGAAGCAUUGACUGAUUGUCGCCCGACAGUCGGAGUUCCCGCCUACUUGUAUCAUAUUAAAAUGGUUCUUAGUUGUCCAUUACCAGAAGAACAAAAUACACGGGGCAGACGGAUUUAUCCUCCAGAAGAAUCGGAUAUUGGAUUUGGUAUUCUUACACUAAAAAAAAUUCCAAAACUCUGUCCCUUUCCUAUUUACACCAGAUCUGGAGAAGUGCAAGUUGAAUUAAAACUUAGUAGAAAUACAGUAGUAUUAGAUUCUAUUCAAAUAGAACGAAUUUAUACAUUUCUUAAUUAUACUUUCACGAAUGUGCUAAGGCUUCAAAAAUAUUUGAUGAUUUUCGAUCCAAAUGCAUCAGAAAAUUCUUACAUAAUUAUACCUGUGAAAAAAUAUUUAGUUGAUGGAUUUGAAGACGUAAAUGUUGAUUGGAAUUUUUUAGACGUUAUUUAUGACAACCGUAAUACAAUUCCCAGUGAUAUUAAAGAAGAAGAUCGUGUUAAUUUUGAAUUUGACCCUUCUCGAUAUCACGACGCAGUAAUAAUGCCUUGGUAUAGAAACCAAGAUCAACCUCAAUAUUUUUAUGUAGCCGAAAUUUGUAGAAAUUUAAGUCCUAAAUCGUCAUUUCCUGGCGAUGGCUAUAGUACAUUCGAAGAGUAUUAUAAAAAGAAAUACGAUAUAAAAAUCCAGAAUUCCGAGCAGCCGCUUCUAGAUGUUGAUCAUACGUCAGCUCGAUUGAAUUUUCUUACUCCGCGAUACGUUAAUAGAAAAGGAGUUGCAUUGCCAACAAGUAGCGAAGAAACCAAAAGAGCUAAACGUGAAAAUUUAGAGCAAAAACAAAUUUUAGUCGCUGAAUUGUGUGCUAUCCAUCCGUUCCCGGCAUCAUUGUGGAGACAGGCCGUAUGUUUACCUUGUAUUUUGUAUAGAAUCAAUGCAUUACUACUUGCCAAUCAAAUAAGGUGUCAAGUAGCAGAUGCGAUAAAUCUUGGACAGCAAUACUUAGAUUCUGAUUUCGAAUGGCCAGCGUUGAAUUUCGGGUGGAAUUUAGCUGAAGUAUUGAAAAAAUCUAAAGAACUUGAUAAAAACAUAUCUAAAGAUCGUGGAAAAUCGGUUAAUGCACGUGAUACUACUGCAGAAGUAACUCAAAAUAAUAUAAAAGUACAAGAUAAAAAGGAAGACCCCGUGACGACUAGUAACAGCAUUGGCGGCUGGGGUGAUUUAAAAGAGAUUAAAAAUGAUUGUAAUUCUAAUGGUGAAUUGGAAAUCGGCACGUGGUCUAAUGAUAUGGCAAUAAAUUCAAUGGACAUUAAUGAUGCAUUUAAGCGGUUACCAAAUAAUAUAACGGUACUACAGCCAGAGUUUUCAUGGAAUGAUGUUCGAUGUGGGUCACCAACGUAUGAGUCCGAAAUAGGUGACUACUAUUCCGAUGAUUCGUACAGCGAUGAUGGAUAUAUUGAAUCAUCUGAUGACAGUGAAGAUGAAAAUCGUGGAUUGCGAAUAUCGUAUACUGGUGAUAACACAGCAGAAGCUGUUGAAGACGAGUCGAAAAUAUCAAAGCAACAAAUAAAUAAAAAGAUAAUGGAUCUUUUUAACAAUGAUAAAAAUUUCGAUAAUAUUUUUUUAGCUUACAAUGAAAAUAAUGAUGAUAUAUUGGAAUUAAAAAAACAUGAGUCUCAACAUUAUGAAUUUUCUAAAAAACGUGAAAGUGAAAUAAUAACAAGUGACUUAUUUAUCGACAGCACUCAACAGAUUUUAUUUGAUAUGAAAAAAAAAAAUCAAAAUAAUAUUGAUAGUAUUUGUAAACCGGGAAAUUUGAACUUGAAUUUUAUAGAAGAUGUUAAAAGAGUAGGAGAUUUAAUAAAAAAAGAUAUUUCACGGGAAAAAUCAUUAAAUUAUAAUAAAAAAAAUUUGAAUGACAUUCCAACCCCUAGUCUCUAUAAUGACAAUGACACGUCGUUUAGUUUUGAUCAUCAGCCAGAACUACGAGGCAACCCCGGGCCUAGUCCUAGUUUAAUUUUGCAAGCUCUGACGAUGUCGAAUGCUAACGAUGGGAUUAAUUUAGAACGUUUAGAAACUAUUGGAGAUUCAUUUUUAAAGUAUGCGAUCACAACAUAUUUAUAUUGUACGUACGAUGUAAUACAUGAAGGGAAAUUGAGUCACUUACGUUCCAAGCAAGUGAGUAAUUUAAAUCUAUACAGAUUAGGCAGACAGAAGAUGCUUGGGGAAAGUAUGAUAGCAACGAAAUUUGAACCACAUGAUAAUUGGUUACCGCCUUGCUAUUACGUUCCUCGAGAACUUGAGCAGGUUUUUAUUAAAUCAGGAGUACCGUCGACUCUUUGGAAUCAAGCUGACAUUCCAUUACUUCAAGCGAUAAAUCUUAAUGAAAUGUCAGAGUUGAUAAAAGAAACGGAGUAUAAACUUGAUAUGAUGAGAAUUGAAUUAAACCGAAACGAAACUCGAGACACUGAUGAAUUCGAUAGCUUACAGUGUUCUAUUCCUUAUAAUUUAAUUACGCAGCACAGUAUUCCAGAUAAAAGUAUUGCUGAUUGCGUGGAGGCGCUUAUCGGGGCUUAUUUGAUAGCUUGUGGUCCUAGAGGAGCUCUGCUGUUCAUGGAGUGGCUGGGAAUUCAUGUUUUACCUACGGCCGAAGUUAUUCAUACUAGCAACCAUAAUAAGCCUCUAGAUAAGUAUCCAGGUAGCAGUCAAUUUGUAAAAAAAAUAAAUGAAAACGGACAAAUGAUUUGGUCACAAACUCGAUAUGGAAAAUUGGAAGAACCGCGGAAUCCAUUGUUACGACAUGUACCUGAUCCAGAGAAAGAAUUGAACGUAAUGUUAGAUGGCUACAGCUGCUUAGAAGAAAGUAUUAAUUAUAAAUUUAAAGACGUUAGUUAUCUUCUUCAAGCAUUCACGCAUGCGUCUUAUCAACCUAAUAAAUUAACUGAUUGUUAUCAGCGUCUUGAAUUUUUGGGUGAUGCUGUAUUAGAUUAUUUAAUUACCAGACAUUUGUAUGAGGAUUCGAGACAACAUUCGCCAGGUGCAUUAACUGAUUUAAGGUCAGCACUCGUUAAUAAUACGAUAUUUGCAUCAUUGGCUGUUAGAUGUGGAUUUCAUAAAUAUUUUCGACAUCUUUCUCCGGGGUUGAAUGUAGUAAUCGAUCAAUUCGUUAGAAUUCAAGAGGAAAAUGGGCAUUCGAUAAGCGAAGAAUACUAUUUAAUUGGAAAAGAAGACAGUGAAGAGGCUGAAGAUGUUGAAGUACCAAAGGCUUUAGGAGACGUUUUUGAAUCAUUAGCUGGUGCAAUUUAUCUUGAUAGUGGAAUGUCACUUGAUGCUGUUUGGAAUGUAUAUUAUAGAAUUAUGAAGGCAGAAAUUGAGCAAUUCAGUACGAAUGUUCCAAAAUCUCCAAUCCGAGAGCUAUUAGAAUUAGAGCCUGAAACCGCUAAAUUCGGCAAGCCGGAAAAAUUAACUGAUGGUCGUCGAGUACGAGUAACAGUAGAUGUUUUUGGCAAAGGUUCAUUCAAAGGGAUUGGCAGGAAUUAUAGAAUUGCAAAAUGUACAGCGGCAAAAUGUGCAUUGAAAAAAUUAAAAAAAACACAAUCAUCCCACCGACAAAAAUUUUGAUAUUACUUUUUAAUAAAAAAAAUUUAGUAAAUUGAAACAUUUUUUUAUUUACGUGCAUAUUUACUAUCAAAUUUUAUUUAAUCAUUUAUGUUUAUCCAAAACUGUGGUAAGUGUUUAGAAGUGGGGCUCAUCCAUGUUUAAAUUAGCAAAACCCUUAUUGUAAGCAAUUAGCAAUGAAACCAGGUUGGUCAUCAUGCAAUUAUCAGCGGAUUGACGAUGUUAGUUAGUUAGUUAUUAAAUAAGGCAUUGGGAUACCCCAUCCAGCCGUUACUCCUUGAUACUACAGCACCUCAGAGUCUUGAAUAUGAAAACUUCAUGUAAAACAGUUGUCGGUAAAACAGUAGAUUGAAUUUAAAUAUUGA